AUGCAUACCAUGUACCUCAAGACAAACACAAAGGUGUCAGUGCUGGAGGGAGACAUUCUGGAUGCCCAGUAUCUGAAGAGAGCCUGCCAGGGCAUCUCUGUGGUCAUCCACACCGCUGCUGUCAUUGAUGUCUCCGGGGUCAUUCCCAGACAGACCAUGCUAGAUGUCAAUCUGAAAGGUACCAAGAACCUACUGGAAGCCUGUGACCAAGCUAGUGUGCCAGUCUUCAUCUUCACCAGCUCAGUUGAGGUGGCAGGGCCCAACUCCUACAAGCAGAUCAUCUUGGAUGGCCAUGAAGAAGACAGUCUAGAAAGCCAGUUGGAGCCUUCCUCUGCCCCUGCUCUACUGGCUUGCCUUCCUGCUGGAAACUGUGAGAUUCCUGCUGCGUCCAGUCUACAACUACAGGCCCCCCUUUAAGCACCGUUUGGUUAUACUUUUAAACAGUAUGUUCACCUUCUCCUACAAGAAAGCCCAGCAUGAUCUCGGCUAUGAGCCCUGUGUCACCUGGGAGGAAGCCAAGCAGAAAACAUCAGAGUGGAUCGGGACACUAGUGGAACAGUACAAAGAGACUAUGAACUCAAAGACUCGGUGAUGUAAAGAUGGCAGGGACAUGGCCCUGGGUGUUAUCAGAAAUCAUCCUCAGGUCCUCAGAAAGGAUACAGUCACAACCCAGGUCCUAUUGCCUCCCUUUGAUAUAGAAGCCACCUUAGUGUCUUCCUAAAGUACCCAGAAUCCUUGCCAGGCACUGACCCAGCCACAAGCUUUCUUCCCCAAACACCUGCCCAGUGACACACAGGCCAUUGUGCCUCAGCUCCUGGUUGCUAACUACUAAGCACUUCUUGUUGCUCAAGAGUUUUCUCCAUGGGCGUCAUCUCCCCAUUAACAGCAUUUCUCAUCUUUGGAAAAUUCUGCUUUGUUUUAUGAAGUUGAGUGAAAGAAACAAUAAACAUGUGUUAAUAGCUCAUCUGCAGACAUUUUUCUGUCAAUAAACGUG